AUGUCCAUCGCCCUGAAGCAAGUGUUCAACAAGGACAAGACCUUCCAGCUCAAGAGGAAGUUUGAACCCGGUACACAGAGAUUUGAACUGCACAAACGGGCUCAGGCAUCCCUCAACUCGGGUGUGGACUUGAGGGCAGCUGUGCAGUUACCCAGCGGGGAGGACCAGAACGACUGGGUAGCUGUGUAUGUGGUGGACUUCUUCAAUCGCAUUAACCUCAUCUACGGCACCAUCUGUGAAUUCUGCACUGAGCGAACCUGCCCUGUGAUGUCAGGAGGCCCCAAAUAUGAGUACCGGUGGCAGGAUGACCUCAAGUAUAAGAAACCAACUGCACUGCCCGCUCCCCGGUGCAUGAACCUGCUUAUGGAGUGGAUUGAAGUCCAGAUAAACAAUGAGGACAUAUUUCCAACAUGUGUUGGCGUCCCCUUCCCAAAGAACUUCCUCCAGAUCUGCAAGAAGAUCCUGUGCCGCCUCUUUCGGGUCUUCGUCCAUGUCUACAUUCAUCACUUUGACUGCGUCAUUGUGAUGGGUGCAGAGGCUCACGUCAACACCUGCUACAAACACUUCUAUUACUUCGUCACGGAGAUGAACCUCAUAGACCGCAAGGAGUUGGAGCCCUUGAAAUAGAUGACAACCAGGAUGUGUCACUAACACUCCACCUCAUCUUCUGGAAGAAAGGAACACUGUUUCCACCAGGAGGCCCCAUGGGACAGAAA